GGAUGAGAUAGCAGCCGCUGAAAUGUCUUGCGGCUCUCACAGUGUCCGUGCGCGAGCGGGAUACUCCGGGUCUGUGACUCCACGGCCCCACGGCAAAGCCUCGUCUCUCCGCAGCGGCAUGGCGACCUUCAGCGGCUCUAUAUCCCGCUCCAGCCGCUACAGCAGCAGCUCUGUUCGGGCGGAGUCUGGCUCCAGGCCCGGAUUGGCAUUCCAGCCGUACCUAGAUGCUGGGUGCCGUAGGCUGUUUGGGAAUGAGGGGACUGAAGAUCAUCUGAACCUGUCAGCGUUCGACCAUUGUGGCUCGUCCUACAGUGUGUCAGCUGACGUCAGCCAGUUUGAGCCUGGGGAUGUGGUGGUGUUGGCCUUCAAUUGCUGUGUGGUCAUCCAUGCUGAAAAGGUGGCAGAUGAUGGUAGUGUCAGCGACACCUUCACUCACAGGAGCCAGCUUCCUGAGGACAUGGACCCUCUGACGGUCAGCAGUGCCUUAACGGCCGAGGGGAUUCUGGUGGUGAGCGUGAGGAAGAGGAGCAGCCAACAGGAACAUGACCGUGACCUCCCCCCUCCAGCCUACUGUGCUCACAGCCAUGUAUAACACCCCUGCACUCAUUCCUACAGCUGUGUUUGGAAAAACUUCAUUAAAAGUAUUUAUAAAUGUU